GUGAGUUCCAGGACAGCUAGAACUGUUACAGAGAAAGCCUGUCUCAAAAAAAUAAAAAUAAAUCAAAAUAAAAGGCUCCUCAGUGAAGAUUCUCAGGUCCCAGCCCCAACCGCCAUCCCCCAUCCCCCAUCUUGUAUGCACACUAUUCUUUGGUGUAUGUAGCUGGCUGAGGGCGGCUGUGGCCAUCCAGAGUUUAAGAUACCUAACCAGCUCUAUUAGCUUGGGGGUGCUGCGGGGAGGUGUUAUGUGUCAGUUGUUCAUUGGCUGAAAUGGAUUCCCCAGAUGAGCCUGGCAAUGACAGCAAGCGGGUUCUCAGUGGUGAGGAAAACACCUAGGUUUCACGAGGUAGCAGACUGCUAGGGAGGGUUCACUAGACAGGAGAGGAGGUCUCUCAGUAAAAGCAGUCAGCGUGUGCCAAGUCCCACCCCGGAGGCGGAGCCAAGACUGAGGCCCUCCAGCCCAGACUCCCCCAUCCUUUCAGGAAUCCAGACCAGGGCAGAGCCUGAGCCUGGUUCCUGCCUUCCCCAGCAUAGGAGCAACAGGCAGUCAUGGGCCAGGACCCCAGGCAUGGCCUGAAGCCCUGAAGAGCGGCUGCUGUGACUCUGGUCCUCAGAGGAAUGCCCUGCUAGCAAGCACCACCUGUUCCUAAGAGCCAUGCAUGCUGACUGCAGCUUCAGGCCAUCCAUAUGCCAAGGCCCAUGAUGACACCCAACAACACUGGGGAGGUGGCCAGCUCCAUUCCCAAGGGGGUACUGGGGAUUUCCCUGGCCCUGUCAAGUCUCAUCGUUGUCGCCAACCUGCUCCUGGCCCUAGGCAUCGCCCUGGACCGCCACCUGCGCAGCCCACCUGCUGGCUGCUUCUUCCUAAGCCUGUUACUGGCCGGGCUACUUACGGGGCUGGCACUACCCAUGCUCCCUGGGCUGUGGAGCAGGAGCCGCCGGGGCUACUGGUCCUGUCUCUUUCUCCACUUGGCCCCCAACUUCUCUUUCCUCUCCCUGCUUGCCAACCUGCUGCUCGUGCACGGGGAGCGAUAUGUGGCAGUGUUGCAGCCACUGCGGCCCCAUGGGAGUUUGCGGCUAGCCCUGCUCCUCACCUGGGCCAGCCCCCUGCUCUUUGCCAGCCUGCCUGCUCUGGGCUGGAACCAUUGGAGUCCUGGUGCCAACUGCAGCUCCCAAGCUGUCUUCCCAGCCCCCUACCUCUACCUCGAAGUCUAUGGGCUCCUUUUGCCUGCUGUGGGAGCUGCUGCCCUUCUGUCUGUCCGAGUGUUGGCUACUGCCCACCGCCAGCUGCAGGAGAUCUGCCGACUGGAGCGGGCAGUGUGCCGUGAUACUCCUUCAACCCUGGCCAGGACUCUCACCUGGAGGCAGGCUAGAGCGCAGGCAGGAGCCACGCUGCUCUUUUUGUUGUGUUGGGGACCCUAUGUGGCCACACUGCUCCUGUCAGUGCUGGCCUAUGAGCGGCGCCCACCACUAGGGCCAGGAACUCUGUUAUCUCUCAUCUCACUGGGCAGCGCCAGUGCGGCAGCUGUGCCUGUGGCCAUGGGCCUGGGCGAUCAGCGCUACACAGCCCCAUGGAGGGCAGCUGCCCAAAGGUGGCUGCAAGCGCUUCGAGGAAGGGCCAAGAGGGACAGUCCAGGGCCCGGCACCACUGCCUACCACCCCAGCAGCCAAAGCAGCAUGGACCUGAACUUGAACUAGGGAAGCCUCCUAGGAGCAUUCAUCCAUCUCUUAUGCCCCACUUCUCUGGGUUGGAGCCCUUGCCUGAUGUGGGAGUUUUUUCUUAUUAAUAAAGAAACUGCCUAGGCCCAUUUGAUAGGCCAACCCUUAGGUAGGAGGAGAAAACAGAACAGGAUGUUGGGAAAAAGCUGAGUCAGGGAGUCGCCAUGAUUCUCCCGCUCCAGACAGACGCAGGUUAAGAUCCUCCCUGGUAAGCCAGCUCAUGGGCUACACAGAAUAUUAGAAAUGGGUUAGAACAAUAUUUAAGAGCUAGCCAAUAAGAAGCUGGAACUAGCCGGGCCAGGCAGUGU